CGUCAACGGCACAUAAUGCGCAGGCUUGUGAGCCAGAUGCCGCUAAAACUAUGCGGGCCGGCCUGCCAUCCGCCUCUGUUGUCGCCCGUCGGGCAGCCAUAGAUACGGCGCAUCUGCAUAGAGCACGGCUAAUGCAGCUGCCCUUGCGUCCGCGUCCGGGGUCGUAUUCUGCUGCAGCAGUUUUUCAUACCCGCCUCUCUUUGUCUUGGGCAUCCAGCGACGAUGCUCUGGAACCAAUGAAGGCCGAGCACGACUUUGAUCACUUGAGCAGCUUUCAGACAGUCUCUGCGAGCGCCAACCCCGCCGCCAACGCGAGAACACAGGGGUCCCAAGACGCACCCAUGCAAGUCCACGACGCUUGGCCACCAAAGUAUUACCAGGUAGAGUUAACAUGGCCCGCCGUACACACAGUGAGUACAAGGACACUGUCCUAGUCAGAGCACCAAACAAAAAAGAAGAGGCGAAAAUCUGACCCUGGUCUUGUUCCAACCUGUUGCCAUGACAUAUCCGUAACCCUUGCUUCUCUUGCUUUUGUUUACCGCGAACCCCUCCUCAAACUGCAUGACGCACGCUGGGCAGCGUAUCCAGGAUUGUAUUUGAGGCUGUCGUUGGGCUCCAAUCUUGUCAAUCUGCUUUUGCUCUCUUGCAUCUUACUCCAAACCCUCCUCACCCCCCCUCCUAAUACCCCAAUCGCCUUGUCAAACGCUCCUCUUACGUCUCUGUGUUAGUAUUUGGAACUAACAUCUUAAUACAAGUUUUGAGAACCAUAGCUGCACAGAACGAGAAAGCGUCUCUGGCAUUGCGUUUUCAUUUGUUUCCUUAACGAAUCCUUUAACGAAUACCCCCCGUUCCACGAAUCUCGUGGACGUGCAUGACCUAUUACGAACUCACAUAAUAUCUCUCACAAAACGUUAGCGUUUUCGCUCGUCGUUGCUCCCCUGUACACUAGCAACACCUCUCCAUCUCAAAAGCAUUGCUCUCAGAUACACAGAAACAAUGGCCUCUGAACAACAAGACGUUAGCUACUGCCCGCACCGCAGCAACAUCAACGCCGACACAAUUGCCUUUUCGGAAUAUUCUGAGGUUGCCUACUAUGAGCCCCCAGCCGAUUCGGACGAGUCGGCGGGUGCACAAUUAAACGGCGAUGAACAGGGCGAAUAUACCACAGCUCCUGGCAAGGAUGAAGUGACGAGCAAGACGGGCCCCGAGGCUAUUCCGGCCACCCACUCAAAGAAAUCCUCAAAGAAGAAAAAGAGCAAAUCUAAGCGCUCUGCUUCCUCGACUGUCAAGAAAGAUGCGAUCCCAGAGGCAGACAACGCCAAGCCUGAGAACAAGUCGACUGACAAGGAGGAGCAACCUGAAAAGGCCGAAGAAGCGGCGGCGCCUACAACUCAAUCAGAGGAGAAGCCGGAAGAAGAUGCUGCUGUUGCUGCUGCUACCGAAGAUGUACCUGCCCAGGAGGAGAAUGUUGCAGAACAACAGACACAUGAUACGACUACACGAGAUGAUACUACCGAUAAUGACACGACUAAUGCUACGACUGAUAUCUUGGAGGAACCCUCCAAGAACGAUAAUAAUGAACUACCUACACCCACACAAAACGACGACGCUACCGAAGCUGUGGCCAAGACUACUGAGUCUGCCGAGCCUGAGGCUGCAGAGUCACAAAACAAAGAUACUGCUGAGCCCGCUGCUUCUGAAGAGGCUGUAGGCGACGCACAAGAAGAAGUUGAGACCAAGGACGCUGUUGCCGAGGAGGUCGAGCCUGUCGACGAACAGGUUACAGAGUCUGCGGAACCCUUGGAGGCGUCCGAGCCCAUUGAGAAGGUGGAGGAGCCCGCCGAGCAGAGCAGCGAGCCAAUUGCUGCUGCGGAGGAAGUUGAGGAGAGUGAGGCUGCUGCCGAAGGCGCAACUAGUGAGGAGCCUGUUGUUGAGGAGUCCACACAAGACGUUGCUGUUGAGGCUGCGACCGAGGAGGAGCCUGUUUCCGAAGAACCUACUGCUGAAGUUGAAGCUACUGAAGAGCCUGACGCUCAGGAACUUUCAACGGAAGUGGUUACCGAGGAACCCGCCAAGGCAGAGGAGGAGACUACCGCCGCUGCCGAACCAGUAGCAGCCGUACCUGUUGUUGAAGAGGUCGUUGCUGUCGAAGAGGCUGCCGCCGUGGAAGAGCCUCCUGCAGAGGCUGCUGAGGCCACCAAAGAUGCUGCUGAAGUAGCCACCGCACCUGAAGCUGUUGAGGAAGCGACGGUGGAAGCUCCAGUAGAGGAAAAAGAAGAAGUACAGGUCGAAGCUGUGGAGGAGAAGCCUGUUGAAGAGGCUGUGGAGGAGGUCGAAGCAACUGAACCCGAAGCCGUCGCUGUGGAACAAAUCGAGGAGCCUGAGACAAGCCCUGCUGAAACUGUUGAAGCUGAAGUAACGGAAGCCACGGCUACUGAGGAGGUCGCAGCAGAUGUUGCAGAGACUCAACCUACCGCGGACGAAACGACAGUUGACCAGGUUGAAACCAGUGAGCCUACAGCUGAACCUGCUGCUUCUACUGAAGAAGCCGUCGAGGAGGAGAAAACUGAGGCUGUUCAAUCUGAAAAGGUCUCCGAGACUGUUGUUGAGGCUCCUGAAGCUGUUGAAGCACCCACUGAGACAGAAGAGCCGGUUGCCGAAGCUGUGACGGAAACAACUGAAGCGACUGAAGCUGUCGAGGCUACCGAUGCACCCGAUACGGAAACUGAGGCGGUUAGCCAGGAAUCUAAGGCUGUAACAGAAGAUGUUGCUGCUGUAGAAGCUCCUGAGGAAGCUGCCACCGAAGAGCCCGUCAUUGAGGAGCCCAUCGCUGACAAGAUUGCUACGGAGGAACCCGCAAUUGAAGAGCCUGCUACUGAAGAACCUACAACUGAAGAGCCCGUUGCUGUAGCGGCGGUCACCGAAGAGCCUGUCGCCGAAGAGCCAGUUGCUGAGGAGCAAGUUGCUGAGGAGCCAGUUGCUGGGGAGCCAGUUGCUGAGGAGCCUGUUGCUGAGGAGCCUGUUGCUGAAGAAGCUGUCUCCGAGGAGCCUGUUGCCGAGAAAGCUGUUGCCGAUGAGCCCGCUACUGAAGAGCCUGUGACGGAGGAAAUUGCGACUGAAGUGCCUGUUGCUGUAGAAGCUGUUACUGAAGAAGCUGAGGUUAAGGAAGCAUCUACGGAAGAUGCCCCCGUCGCAGAAGACGAUUCAGUAGCUCCCGCUGAGGUAGUUGAUGAAGCUCCUGCAGUCGCUGCUGCUGAGCCUUCUGAAACCGUCAAAGAAGUUGCCAACGAGACUGGCGAUGUUGUCGACGAUGUUGAGGUUGGCCCUGCAGCUGAGGCUGAGGUCAAAGCUGCUACCGAUGCUCCUAAAGAAGAGGAGGUUGCUGUUGCAGAGGAGACCACAAUUGAAGAAGCUGACAUUGCUGAGGAGGCUGCCCCAGUUGAAGCUGAGGAGGUUGACGCCACGCCCAUUGCUCCGGAAGUUAACGAGGAGGAAACUAAGGAGGAGGAAGUGGCUGCUGCUGCUGCUGACACCGAAGUUCCCCAGACCGAUGCUACCGAAGCCUCACCUGUUGAAGUCUCCGAAGAACCUUCAGUCGACAAAGCCGAGGAAACCGAAGCCGAACCAGUUGAGGACGCUAAGGUCGAAGAAUCAACUGAAGAGGCUGCUAUCGAACAUACCCCAGCCCAGGAAACUGCUGUGGACAAUGUUGCGGUAGCCGAAGCUCCUAUCACCGAGGAACAGGUUGCAGAGGAAGUCACCGCGGAGCCUGUGGAAGAACCUGCAGCCGCUGAGACCGAUGUGGCAGAGCCUGCUACUGAAGAGCCUGUGUCCGAAGAGGUCGUCGAAGAGGUCAGCAAGGAUGCGAUUGUUGAAGAACCCGCAGUUGAAGCCGAAGCUACGGAGGCCGACGGAGUUGAAGAGGCCCCAGUUGAAGAGGCUCCAGUAGCUGACGAUGCUGUAACUGAAAAGACACCUGUCGAUGCCGAAGAACAGGCACCAGAAGUCGUCAACGAAGAGGAGCCUGCUGCUGAGGAGCCUGUGGUCGAGGAAACAGCCGUUAACGAAAGUGCUGGUCCCGAAGAGGCUGUCCUUGCUGUCCCUGUUGCUAAGGCGGCUCACAUUGACGAACCAGCCGCUGAAGAGGCCACUGAGGCGACUGUCGAGGAACCUGCUGUCGAGGAACCUGCUGUCGAGGAACCUGCUGUCGAGGAACGCGUUUCCGAAGUAGCUGGCGUAGAGGCGAAGGCUGAAGAAACCACUGGCGAAGAAGCCCCCGAAGAAGGGCAUACAGCCAAUGACGCUGUGGUUGAAGAGCCUGCCGCUGAGACCCCUGCUGUCGAAGAGACUACCGCUGAAGAGCGCGCUACCGAGGAGACCGGCAUUGAAGAGACAGCGGUUGAAGAGCCAGCUGCCACUGAAGAAUCCGCUUCCGUCGAAGAGGAGACUGCUGCUGAAGAGGCUAUUAUCGAACAGCCCGCUGCUGAAGAGACUGUUGCGGAAGACGCUAACGUCGAAGAACCUGCCGCUGAAGAGACUACUGUCGAAGAACCAGCUCCUGAGACAUCGGCUGCUGAAGAGACUACGGUGGAAGAGCCUUCUGCUACUGCUGCUACUGAGGAGCCUGCUGCUGUCGAGGAGCCUUCUGUAGAUGAACCCGUCGAAGAGACUGCUACUGAAGAGCCUACUGUUGAGCCUACUGUAGAGGAGCCCGUCAAAGAGACUGCUGUCGAAGAGACUGUUGCUGAAGAGCCCGCUACUACUGAGGAGCCUACGGCCGACAAGUCAUUGGACGACUCGGCACCUACUGAAUCGACCGAGGAAGCCACUGAGCCUCUCGCACCUGUCGCUGCCGCCGCCGUGUUGGCUACUCCUGCUGUUGUUGCCGCUACUGUCAUUCCUGAAAAGAGUGAGGAACCUGUCGAAGAGGACAGAGCUGCUUCUCCUGCCGAAAAGGCGGUUGAGGAGCAAGCCGUCGAACCGACCGAUGACUCGCCUAUCCAGGAUGGCGAUGUGGAAGAAGAAGUAGAAGAAGUUCCUGCUAAAGCCAUUAAGACUGAGGCCACUGAAGCUGAGCCUGCAGUCGACGCUGACACUGCGAAGGCGGAUGCAGUUGAUGAGGUUGUGACCGAGGAUGCCAAAGAGGCAGAGGAAGUGCCAGAAGCAGUUGGCACAGAACCCACCGAGACCAGUGUUUCUCACGAAACCCAUAACAUUCCCGCUUUGAUUGGUGCUGGCGUGGCUGGAGUUGCCGCAGCUGGUGCCGCUGCAGCUGUUGCUGUGGCCUCGCAGGACGAAAAGAAGGAUGUUGUGGAAGAGGCUGAAGAGAGCGCUUUGCACAAUGUAUCUGUCAAGGCGCAUGCUGUGCCAGUCUCUGAUGCUGAGCUCACUCCCAUGGGAGGCGCAGCAGAAGUUCAGGAAGAAGCACCAGUUGUUGAAGCCCCUCCAGCUGUAGAGGAAUCCAAGGUUGACGAACCUGUCGUCGAAGAAACACCCGCACCUGAACAGAAAGACCAAGUUGUAGAGGAGGAAACACAGAAAGGUGAGACUGUGGCAUUAGAGGAGGAUACCCCUGUUGAAGUUGCCGAAGUUAUUGAUACCCCUGUGGUGGAGGAUAAGAAAGAGGAGGUUACGCAUGAGAGCCAAGAGCCGGAGGCACCAGUUUCACAAGUUGUGGAAGAAGCUGCUGCAGUAACUACUACGGAAGAAGCCAAACCUGGAGAACCUACUGAAAACGGCCAUGCUGUUGAGGCUACAGACAAGAAGGUUGAUCCUACAGUUGCUGCUGCUGGUGCUGCUGCUGGUGCUGUAGUGGCCUCAGCCGCUACAGCCGCCAUUGUUGGGAAGUCUAUUGUUGAAGCUGCUCCUGAGCCUGUCCAGGAGACUGUCGCAGAAUCUGCAGAAGAGCCUGCCACAGUUACCAAGACUGAUCCUCAGAAUGACGCUACUGUUGUCCCGGAGAAUACCAACACAGCACAAGAAGAACCUGCGGAAGUCAAUGAGGUGCCCAAUGAGAACACACCACUCAUGCCCAAUGCUCAAAAGCCCAAGGUUAGUGCAUUAGAUGCCGUAUUCAAUGGCCUAAAGACUAACCUGAUGCAGCCCCGAGCCACCAUCUUUGUUGUACUCAAGCAGUGGAUUGUUGCUCCAUUCUCCUGGAUCCGCUUCCGUCUCUUUAAGCCCUUCUCAAGCUUGCGAAAGUCAUCUGAUGCCACGCCAGCCACAGAAUAGGCCAAAAAUACUCGCAAAUCGUCAAAUAAAGAAGAUAAAAAGGGGAUUGUAUUUCUUCAAGUUUAAGGCGCCAAUGUUUGCGAAAAGAUCGUUUGCCAGAGUGCUAUUGUGAAGAAAAUUAUAUUUGCUUUCAAGGCUUUUCACUUUUAUGGAUGUGACUUUAUACAACUCUACUGGGAAUGGCUGAGCUUGUUACCGCUGAGCAGAGACAUGAACAGCAACCGAUUGGCUCAAAUAUGUAAUAAGACGCCAUUGAGAGAGGCACUUUGUUGGCGUAAGAGGCGGACGGAUGUUACACCGGCUCACUCAGCAUCGUCUCCGGCUCAAAUGACAAGCUUGUUGAACUACACACGUGAAGCGUUUGAGCAUCAAAACAGUGGUGAAACCUUGUCUUAUUUGGAUUGGUCUGGGCGUUGGUUAAAUUACAACGAUCCCAGUAAUUAUUAGCCCCGGUCCCGGACACGGCGAUCUAUUUAUAUCCGGACUAUCUUGGGGUAUCAUUGGCUUGUGGAGACUUUUGCAGCUUUUGUACAUAGUCUUAGACUUCACGUGAAGCUUUUACUUCUAGAAACACACGCUAACAGUGUAUAGAUCACCCAAUAGUGCCAAAGAAGAAUCGAGAGAGUCGCCACCAUCGGUCAUCUCAUCACCAUAGGCGGCAUGCUGACGAUAGUAGACGCCAUGAACGUUCAGCUCACAGCGGCUCAGGAAGAACAGACACUCAAGAUACAAAGGGUCGUCUGGAUACUUCUGCUGAAAAGCGUCGCUCGCAUCGCCACCAUGAGAGGAGAGUAUCCGUUGGCGGCAGCUCCGCGCUCCUAACGCCACCCGAGACACCAAAGCGAGCUGAGACUGGCUCAACCGCUGAUGGUUCAACGUCUUCCAGGCGAAGACAUAGGACACCUGAAGAGCAACUGGCCCAUGAUCGCCGCAAAGCAGAGCGAUUGCGACUGGAAACUGAAGGCGGGCGACACGAAUCAGAAAGAUCUACACGGAGCGGGAGGCAAUCUCAUAGCCGCAAACCUGAGUCUGUGCCGUCAACUGAAACGAAAAGCCAUUCGAAUGAAGAACAUGGACGCCAUAGCUCCUCGCGACAUCACAGCAGUAGCUCCGGGCAUCAUCGUAGUCGACGAUCAACAUUAAAUAGUGAGGUCCAAAGUGCCGAUGCUGAUACCAAAUCGCCUCGAAGGAGAACAACACACGAAGAGGCACCUCUAACACCUGAAGCUACUCCUCCUCGUCGCAGGUCGAGUGUUCAGCAGGAGGAGGGUGCCCGCACCAGGCGCCGAAAGUCACGUAGUGUGGUUGAUGGCGAGUUACCUACUCCAAGAAAGAGAGUAAUUGAUGAACCAUCCUCUCCAAGACGAGCAAGAGAUGAUGCCUCGUCAUCCAAGCCAAAAGAACGUAAACAUCGUUCACAUACGACACACCAUUACAAUUCCAGUGAGGAUGGAGCUAGAAGAGCCCGGAAUCAAGAACGCCAACAGACCAAUGAUGAUAACGAGAAGCCUCGCGGCCUCCGAGGGGUGUUUAAAAGACUAUUCAAGUCUUGAGAAGCAGUGACUCAGCGAUAUCAGGAUCACGGCGAAUUAUUGAAACAUGCAGAAUGCAUUAUACUACUAUGUAUGACUUGAAUGAAUUAUGAAUUAUGGUAAAAGAGACAUAGCUUUAGACGACGAGUUUUAGCCUUAGUUUGUCCUGCGAAACGAUUUCGUCUUUUUUGGAGAAGAGCUCCUCCAUAUCCCAGUUGACGCUGAAAUAGCGACCAGACAGCCAGGAAUGAGGUUCCUGAGUGAGCCAUGAGAUUGUAUCCGCCGGAAGCUCAGGUGUGUCAAUUAGUGAGCUCUGAGGAAUAAAUGAAGGCAGGUUGCUUGCUAGAUCGGAUUUGACAGCACCAGGGUGGAUGGCAUAUGAGCAAAGACCAUGGUCCUUAUAUUCGACAUUGAGAUAUUCGGUGAAGCGAAUAACAGUGGUCUUGGAAAGCUGAUAAGCAGAGCCUCCUGGUGCAGUACGAAUACCACCAAUAGAUGCCACAUUAACGAUGGCUUUGGCAGAACCUCUAAGCAGGAGGGGUACGAAUGCUCGAGUCACGAGGUAGAGACCGUGGAGGUUGACAUUGUAGGUAUCCCACCAUUUCGUCGGGUCGGAUUCCGCUACUGGCUGAAAUGGAUUUAGGAUGCCUGCAUUAUUGACGAGUACGUCGAGGGUGCCAAACUCAGCAGCGACUCGGUCAGCAGCAGCUUGUAUGCUUUCCUUUGACGUAACAUCCAGCUGGAUCUUCAAGACGUUGGUGUUUGAAACGGCCAAAAUAUCUCUCUCAACCUCGUCCAGAUUCGAACGGGCAGCAAUGACAAGAUUCUUUACUCCCGCUUUGGCAAAUGACAAGGCUGUGGCCCGCCCAAUGCCUUUCGAAGCACCAGAGAUGAACACGGUGUGGCCGGCAUGGCUUGCCUUGGCAAUGGCUGGGUAAGUAUCAUGGUGGAUUGUUGUCGUAAAUGCGACGUCUGAUGGAGCAGACAUGAUGAACGACAGAGUUGGAGAGAGCUCGUAAACGAAGAGUGGGAACCGUGUAAGUCGUAGUGUUUCUUUGAUGUGAUUUCUGUAAAAGGCUGAGAUAGAUGAUAUAUCAGAGCACGAGCUGAAGUAGACACUUUAUAAUUCUGCGUCUUUCGAUUUGAACUUCUUGAUUUUGACUUUCGCCUCUAUUAGAACGCGACGAUGCAACGGAGUCUCGCGCUAUUGCAACGGCACAACCGGUCUUCGCGAUCGCUAACAUCACGGCC